GAAGAAGCUGGCAAAUGGGAAGCCAGCUUAAGCCUCGUGUGGUCUGUUACUCGGUGAGAGAAGUGUUGCAGCGCGUUUGUUCUUCAGGAAGUUCACACAGACAGAGGUGGAGGGUGUGUCAGGCCUGUGAGGACGUGAGGCUGUGAGUUGGACUUUUUGAAGUGCCUGAUCUGUGCCACAGAGAACCAUGAGCAGCAAUUACAGUGUGUCCCUGAUUGGACCCUCCCCCUGGGGCUUCAGACUGCAGGGGGGCAAGGACUUCAGCAUGCCCCUCACUGUCUCCAAAUUGACGGAUGGAGGGAAGGCAGCCAAAGCAAAGAUCAGUGUGGGAGACAUUGUGCUCUCUAUUGAUGGCAUUGCUGCAGACAGUAUGACCCACCUGGAGGCACAGAACAAGAUCAAAGCCUGCACGGGCAACCUGAACCUCACCCUGCAGAGACCAUCCACUGUUCCAAAUGUUGCCAAGGACGAGCCACAGGAGAUCAUUAAGCCUGUGCCCAUUAGCCACCCGCCUGCGCCCAUCCCCAGCGCUAGUCCUGCCAACCCUGCCCCCAGCAGCACUGCCUACAACAAGACGGCCCGGCCCUUCGGAGGAGGAGGAGCUACUUUUAGAGCAAUCAGCCCCUCCUCCUCCGUUACUGCUGCACCCAAGGCCUCUAUCCCCUCUGCCUCCUCAGCUUUUACUCCUGCUGCUCCCUCCCAGCAAACCCUGCAACCUCCACAAGCCCCACAACCAGUACAGCCAGCACAACCCCCACAGCCUCCAUUCCCUCUGGCCAGCAGCACUGCCUCCCGCUCGCUCUCAUCCCCUCACUCCGCCCCUAAACCUGCCUCUGGCCGCUCCCCCUUCCCUCAGUCCUCCUCCGCCUCGUCCUCUGGCUCCUCUUCGCCAUCCAGAGUGACGGCCCCGUCCUCUUCCCCCUCCUCUGUUCCCGCCGUCCCACAGCCCUCAGUCUAUAACACGCCAAUCAACCUGUACUCCAAUGCGAACGCCUGUGAGGUGGCCAUGGGCCAGAGGCGGGGAUUGCUGGAGAGUCAGGCAGGAGUGGAGCAUCAUAAUGGUGGACCUCACAGUAUUCUUAAAAAGACUCCCCCCAGAGCUCCCAGGAAGCCCAUCAUGGAUACAGAGCUGGUGGUAAACCAUGGAUCUCACCUGAGCGAUGCCAGUAAAAAGCGUCUGAUUGAGGACACAGAGGACUGGCGUCCACGUACAGGCACCUCUCAGUCUCGCUCCUUCCGCAUCCUGGCACAGAUCACAGGCACAGAGAACGAGCAAGCCCACGAGAGCAGCCCGGGAAAGAAUGAGGCUGUGGAAGAUGUCCACCCGAGCGCUCAUACCAGCUCUACAGUUAAAACCAUGACCAAAGCCCCUGCUGGAGCCCCCGGGACUGGUAAUGGUGUCCCUCCACCCACAAACAAAAGCUGGCAGUCUGGUGGGACCACUGCAGGUUUUCCCAAAGCAGGUGCACCAGCAGGCCACACAGGGCCUUCCUAUGGGCGAGUGAGCAAUAGCACUCCGAAAGGCCCUGAUCGCCCUAAACCACAAACUCACCCUAAAGACCAGGAUACACUGGUUCAGCGAGCAGAGCACAUCCCUGCUGGAACACGCACACCCAUGUGUGCCUACUGCAACAUCGUCAUCAGGGGUCCUUUCCUAGUGGCCAUGGGGAAGUCAUGGCACCCAGAGGAGUUCACCUGCGCACACUGCAACUGCUCUCUGGCGGAGUUGGGCUUCGUAGAGGAGCGCGGUGCAGUAUACUGCGAGCACUGCUAUGAGCAGUUCUUCGCCCCCACCUGCUGCCGCUGUCAGCAGAAGGUUCUCGGGGAAGUCAUCAAUGCUCUGAAGCAAACUUGGCAUGUGUACUGCUUCCUGUGCACCUCCUGCCAGCAGCCCAUUCGCAACAACACCUUCCACCUGGAGGACGGACAGCCCUACUGCGAGAGAGACUAUUACGCUCUCUUUGGUACCAGCUGCCAUGGCUGCGACUUCCCUAUUGAGGCUGGGGACAAAUUUCUGGAGGCGUUGGGCUUCACCUGGCAUGACACCUGCUUCGUCUGUUCAGUCUGUAACACCAGUCUAGAGGGCCAGACCUUUUUCUCCAAAAAGGACAAGCCCUUGUGCAAGAAGCACGCACACACUCUCAAAAUGUGAGCCCGUCUGUUGCCAAGAAGAGAGGACAAUGGGAUGAAAGUGGCAAAAAGCUCUACCAGCUGUUCUUUAUGUUUUAUGAGAUUUCUAUGGUAUUAAUGGAGGUGGUUAUAAGGGGAACAUGUUUUUUAGUGCUGAUCUUUGGAACGCAUGCAGUAAUGUUGCCAGUCUUUAUCAUGUGUGCUAUGAAAUAAAGUAUUUUUCAGAAUUGAAGUGCAUUUGAAGACAGUAAUAUAUAAUCCAGCUUUUCUCUUGUAUAUUAGCUGUCAACUCAAAUGUGCAUUUGAAGAGAGGUGUUCUUUUUUGUGUGUGUGAGGUCAUAAAUGUGCUGUUAUUAAUGUUCUUCCUUGCUUUUUUUCUAGAAAUAAGUUGAUGCAAAGAAGAGAGACAGCUAGUAUGUAGUGGAGAGCAACAGAGCAGGACAAAGAGAGGUCUCAGAUUAUAGUAAUUUAAUUGUGAGUACUUUCACGAAAGGUAAUUUUAACUCGUGAGAAAGGAAUUGUGUACUGUUUGUUAUUUGUGAACAUUUUGAUUUUGACUUUUUUUUCCCAUAUGCUAAGAUAGAGUAUACUUUACCGGUCAGCCUCUAUUUCGCAGUCAAGCUAUACCACUUAGAUUUAGAGCUGCAUACUUUUGUAUGUUUUAUUAAGAGAUUGUAGGCCUAAAUCUGUAAACAGUAUGACCAGCUUUAAGACUGUAUGUUCAGCUUCAAUUCAGUGGUCCAGCCCCUCCUCGUCCCCUCUGCCACAGCAGGGGCUGAAACAGAGCGCUAUUUAUCCAGCUAUAUUUAUUGAGGCGUGAGGGAUGAAUUUUAGGGUUUCUAAGGACUUUGCACAUAUUUCACUGCUCUGACAGAGUCAGGGCGGAAAGUUAGUUUUAAAGACAGCGAUGUCUUUCGUGUUAGAUUUUUAAUCUGUUUUGGGCCCAAUCUGAUAUUCUGAAUAAGAACUAUGAAAAUUUAUAUGAAUGCCUAGUUGCCUUAGAAAUAAUUGUGCACAGGCUGCUAAUAGGGAGCUCUGCAUCUACAGUGAGCACACAGUCAUUCUUAAAACCAAUCUUGCUUUAUUUACAUUGUCUUUACAGAGCUUUUGCCCUUUGGUCAUAAGUAAUGUAUUACAAAAUUCUGGUUUCAUGUGUUGUUUUUUUUUUUUUUUUAAACGCCCAUCUGUUCCGCAUAUAUUUGUCACCUCCUAAUUAAGAAAUGGGAGAAAUAAAUGCUGUUCUUAUUAA